GAAGUCGUGGCGGUUAGUGAAACAGGGAGUUCGUGUGAUCUCAAACCUGUCUCCGGUUUGUUUGCCGUCCCAACCUCCGGGCUGGGACUCGCCGAUCAGGUUGAGGAAACAGACGAAAGGUUUCUUUUCUCCGCCCAUCUCAGCUGUCAGUUUCCGAGCAGCAUGGGCCCUGGCUAGAACCUUCUGGAAAGAGCGGAGCUUUUAGUUUCGAGCACGACCCGAUUCUGUUCUGGGAGUAGCAACGCCGCCAAAAUAGCCGGCCCGGGCAGGAAGCGGCGCAGCUCGGACUCAGACCACAGUGAAAGCAGCUCGGCCGGCGGCAGCGAGGUGAGGGACAGCCGCCCUGUCAGCGGCAAGUGGCUGAAGAUGGCUAGCAGCAGCAGCUCUGCAUCGGGCGAGACGAGCCGCAGGCGAGCGCAGAGAGGAGCUGAGGAGAGCAGCAGCAGCAAGAAGAAGCAAAAAGAUCGGGCUAACCAAGAGAGCAGGGAGGCUAAGCGUGCUGCAACUGCGGUUAACCAAGAGACUAAGAAAGAUAUAUUUCUAGACUGGAAACAGAAUGCAGAUGAGGUGAUAGUCAGGCUGCGAUGUGGAGAGGGUGCGCUGAAGGUGGAGAAUGUUGACACUGCCUUUUCAGAUACGGCUUGCCAAGUCCGCUUCCCAGAUGGGCGUGAGUGGAGCUGUUACCUACAUGCUGAGAUAGAGAGCUCCUGCAGUAAAGUGCUAUAUAAGGAGAAAGGCAGCAUAUUGCAACUCGUCAUGCACAAGAAGAUCCCCUUCAACAACUGGCCUACUCUUAUGAACAACAAAGAGAACAAUCCAGUAAACAUCUUGAGGCAGAAUGGAUGCAGUCACAAGUCAUCAACAGAGCAGUCUGAGAAAUCCAGCUUGACCUCUGAAACGCUCAAAGCAUCCGGCAGACUGGAAGAACAGGUGCCACUGACAGAUCAGAAAUGCAGUAAACCUGACCGUGGUGUAAAAAGAGGGAUGAAGAAUAAACAGGCAGAGAACUCUGAGAGUGCAGGCAUCCGAAUAUCUGAGACUAAGCCAGGCAGUAAAGGAGACCAGACACCUGAGCCCACUGCCAAGAGAACUGUCCGUCCUUCCAAAAGUACAAAGGAGCCCACUGUAGCAUCCAGCCCUGCACGAGAGCAUCAGCCCAAACCAGCAGUCACCAGUAAACUCGUAAGCUGUGAAUCUGCCUCCGUAUCCUCUACUGCCCGAGAAAGCAAAUCAGAACCACAGGUUAAAGCAUGCCAGAAGUCACAAAAAGAGAGAGAGACUGAAAAAAAGACAGACAGAUGCACUCAGGCUGAAACGGGUAAAAAUAAGGACCAGGUAACUGCUUGUGAGCCGAGGCCUGAGCCCUGUGGGCCUUCUGCUCCUGGAGAAAUACCUCCAGCUCCUGGAGAAACCUGUAAGCCAGGGGAGACCAGCAAAGGAGGGACUGCUCCAGAAGAUGUAGAGAAAAACAAGGAGCAAGGGAAGACUGAUGGUGCUGUGCAGGACCAAAGACGAGCAGACGUCCCGGCUCACCGCCCGGAAUCUGGAGCGACUGUUCCAACAAUCGACUCCAAGAGGCAAGAGUUUAAAAAUACAGAGGAGGAGGAGAAGCGAGACAGAUCUAAAGAGGAGCCAUGUGAGAAGAGUCUUGAGAAGGAGGACAGAGGCCCAGAGCCAAUGGUGAACCUGUCAUUUGUGAAGAAUGACUCGUAUGAGAAGGGGACGGACCUGAUGGUUGUCAACGUCUACUUGAAAGAAAUCUGUAGGGAGAUUUCCAGGGUGCUCUUCAGGGAACAAGACUUCACCCUUAUCUUCCAGACCAGUGAUGCUAAUUUUUUACGUCAACAUCCAGACUGUGGACCAAAUACUGUCUUCAAGUGGCAAGUCAAACUCAGGAACCUAAUUCAGCCGGAACAGUGUAGUUUUUCCUUCACUCCAUCACGCAUUGACAUCACCCUGAGGAAGAGGCACAGUCAGCGAUGGGGGGGUCUCGAAGCCCAAGUUCCACAAGGUGCAGUGGGGGGCGCAAAGGUUGCUGUGCCCUCCGGGCCUUCCUCCCUUGAUAAGAGUCAGCCAGGGAGCAGCCAGCAUGCUCUACCUGCCAAAGAGGAGCCUCGGGCAGGGGAGGAGAAGCCCAAGACCUCUUGGGCUAAAGGGGAUGGUCCUUUAGAUGCUGUGGUUCCACGUGCUGUCUCUGAUCAUGUUCCUAUCAAACAAGAACCAGCUAUUUCCACGCCGAAGCCCACCUGCAUGGUGCAACCUAUGACCCAUGCUCCUCCUGCAAGCAGUGAGCGACCUGAGGAAGAGGAGGAGAAGAAGGUUUGUCUCCCUGGCUUCACAGGACUGGUCAACCUGGGAAAUACAUGUUUUAUGAACAGUGUGAUCCAGUCUCUUUCCAACACACGGGAACUAAGAGACUAUUUCCAUGACCGGGCAUUUGAGACUGAGAUCAACUGUAAUAAUCCCCUGGGGACAGGUGGAAGGUUGGCCAUUGGGUUUGCAGUUCUGCUGCGGGCUUUAUGGAAAGGCACUCAUCAUGCUUUUCAGCCCUCCAAAUUAAAGGCAAUAGUGGCCAGUAAGGCCAGUCAGUUUACAGGUUAUGCUCAACACGAUGCCCAAGAAUUCAUGGCCUUCCUCUUGGAUGGGCUGCACGAGGAUCUGAACCGUAUCCAAAAUAAACCAUACACAGAAACCGUGGAUUCAGAUGGCCGCCAGGAUGAGGUUGUAGCAGAAGAAGCCUGGCAAAGGCACAAGAUGAGGAAUGAUUCAUUCAUUGUUGAUCUGUUCCAAGGCCAGUACAAGUCAAAGCUUGUGUGUCCAAUGUGUUCCAAGGUUUCUAUUACCUUUGACCCCUUCCUAUACCUGCCUGUCCCUCUACCUCAGAAACAAAAGGUGCUCACUGUCUUCUAUUUCGCUAAGGAGCCCCACAAGAAACCAGUCAAGUUUUUGGUGAGUGUUAGUAAAGAGAACUCAAGCACAGCAGAAGUGUUGGAGUCUAUUUCCCGGAGUGUGAGGGUCAAACCAGAGAACCUAAGGCUGGCAGAGGUGAUGAAAAAUCGUUUACAACGGAUAUUCCUACCUUCUCACUCCCUUGAUACAGUUUCAUCCUCCGACAUGCUCUUCUGCUUUGAAGUGCUGUCCAAAGAGCUGACUAAGGAGAAAGUGGUGCUGCUUAGAGUCCAUCAGAGGCUUCAGGUUCCCAGUAUUCCUAUAGCCAAGUGUGCUGCCUGCCAGAAACCACCUCUGUCAGACGAUGAGAAACUGAGGCGCUGUACAGGCUGCUAUCGUGUGGGCUACUGCAACCAGGUUUGCCAGAAGAACCACUGGCCCAACCAUAAAUCUCUCUGCCGGCCCAACUCUGAGAACGUGGGCCUGCCAUUUUUGAUCAGCGUGCCUGAGUCCAGGCUGACCUACGCCCGCCUCGCUCAGCUCCUUGAGGGGUAUUCCAGGUAUUCGGUGAACGUUUUCCGUCCUCCGUUCCAGUCUGGUCGGACAUCUCCUGAAGCUAGUCUGUCUCGUGCUGAUCAUCCUCUAACAACCAGUUCAGUUGCUGAGGCACCUGGGGCAGAGGAAGAAGAACUUCAUCCAGUUGAAGCAGGGGCUGCUCAGGAGCAGGACAGUUCCUCUCCGGAAAUGGCAACAGCACAGGCCUCCGCUCAUUCAGCAGAAGACGUGAAUUCACCUUCCACUCGCACCACAGACUCUGGCUUCUCUGAGCUGCUCUCUAGCUCCCAGGAUCCUUUUGGAGAGAAAGAAACUUCAUGUGAAAAGGCUGUGAAACCAGAAGCUGCCGUCACAGGGUACCAACAACCCUCAGACUGUAAUUAUAGGAGUGGUUCCCAGUUCUAUAUAUCACUACAAGAUGCCAGCAACAAGGAAGUAAUGCUUGAAGACAAAGAUGAUGGAGUGCUGGAGGUGUCCGAAGACUGCACCUUGGAACUGGUGUGGAAGAAUAAUGAGCGGCUAAAAGAGCAUGUGCUGGUGCGCUCCAAGGACCUGGAGUUUGAGGAGGACCCAGGCUCUGCCAGUGAGACUGCCAGGGCGGGACACUUUACACUGGAGCAGUGCUUGAACCUCUUCACCAAGCCUGAGGUGCUAGCACCUGAGGAAGCAUGGUACUGUCCAAAAUGUCAGCAGCACAGGGAGGCCUCCAAGCAGCUUCUGCUUUGGCGUUUGCCGAAUGUGCUCAUCAUCCAGCUCAAACGAUUUUCCUUCCGGAGCUUCAUCUGGAGAGACAAAAUCAAUGACAUGGUGGACUUUCCUGUGAGGAACUUGGACUUGAGUAAGUUCUGUAUCGGCCAGAAGGACGAUGUCCAGCAGCCCCCUAUUUAUGACCUAUAUGCUGUUAUAAACCACUAUGGAGGGAUGAUUGGAGGGCAUUACACAGCCUAUGCUCGUCUACCCAGUGACAAAAACAGUCAGCGCAGUGACGUUGGCUGGCGUCUGUUUGAUGACAGCACCGUGACUACGGUAGAAGAGAGCCAGGUGGUGACGCGCUACGCCUAUGUAUUGUUCUACCGACGCAGGAACUCUCCUGUUGAGAGACCGCCUCGUUUACUUGACCCACUGGGAGUUGAAUCUCCUACUGCAGCUGGAGCUGCUGCCAGUCAGGCGUCUCUGAUAUGGCAGGAACUGGAAGAAGAAGCAGAAGGGCACCAAGACGCUCCUUCCUGGAGCCUCUUCCGGCCAGGUGUCCGACCAAGAAGACCUAGGACAAGGCUGGAGGAAGAGAAUGACCGCCAUGGAAGGCUUACAGGGCGCAGACAGGAGUGUGUUUCUGAUCAUUCUGAUGAUGACCAUACCAGAUAUUUCCUCCUGGGCACUAUAGCUGCAGUGUUUGCAUUGCUGCUCAACAUCGUCUAUCCCCUGCUAUACAAGUCUCACUGGGGUUAAACUGAAAAUUGACACAUGUAUAGAGUGUACAUCUGUACAGUCUAUUUGCUUAUACACACCACACAUGUAAACCUGAAUGUACACAAAAGAGUUACUUUAAUUGGAUGGUUUAUUUUUGGUGUAGAUGAGGCUCAGGGCCUCUGUGUGACCUCUGUUUAAAAUGGGAUGAUCAUUUUUAAAUGUCUCUAUCUAUUUCUUUUUUUUAAAUACAGAAUGAAAUAUUUUAAAAUGAAUUCCUAAAUUCAUUUUUAAAAACUUUUAAUUUUUACUAUUUAAGAAGCAUCUUUUAAGAAACUUGAUUAAAGGGCAAACUCAGGGCAUACUUUAGCUCUAUUUUACACCAUUAGCAAUAUUUACCCUCUUAUUUCUUAACAUCAGAUCACUCGUAUAUUAACAGCCUUCAGAUUUAGGUUUAAAAAAAAUCAACUUCAGCUUAAACUUCUAGUCAAUACACUGAUUUUUGGAUUUGUGUUUCAUAAACUCUUAUAGUAAUAUAAAGCUCCAUAUGACUCUGUCACUCCAUAAUGGUGGUUCUUGUACUGUGUAAUAUAUAUUUUACGCCACAAGUUUCUUACUCCUAGUUGGUACCACCCAUUCAGAAUGAAAACGGCUUUUUAUUUUAUUUUAUUUUUUAAACGUUGCCAUGUCGCUUAACCUCUCACUGGUCUGCAAAUUCCACUGUUUGUUUUUGGUUUUCAUUUAGAUCCAAUUUUCUCUGUGACUCUGGAUUUUCCAGGUGGUGGUGAGGUCACGGUUUUUUCUUACCCUUUUCCUUUCCAAAGCUGGCUUUCUACUAGGCUUUGUGCAGGAGUUUUUAUUACAUUUUAUUAUAUUCCUGCAUGCUCCCACAAAAAGCUGAAACACACUCUCACUCGUUCCCACAUUUCUCAUUUGCAUUAUUUGAUUUUCCUGUGUGUGAUAUUUUCUGACCCGUUUUGUGCGUGUACACUACCGUUCAAAAGUUUGGGGUCACCCAGACAAUUUUGUGUUUUCCAUGAAAAGUCACCCUUUUAUUUACCACCAUAAGUUGUAAAAUGAAUAGAAAAUAUAGUCAAGACAUUUUUCUGGCCAUUUUGAGCAUUUAAUCGACCCCACAAAUGUGAUGCUCCAGAAACUCCAUCUGCUCAAAGGAAGGUCAGUUUUAUAGCUUCUCUAAAGAGUUAAACUGUUUUCAGCUGUGCUAACAUGAUUGUACAAGGGUUUUCUAAUCAUCCAUUAGCCUUCUGAGGCAAUGAGCAAACACAUUGUACCAUUAGAACACUGGAGUGAUAGUUGCUGGAAAUGGGCCUCUAUACACCUAUGGAGAUAUUGCACCAAAAACCAGACAUUUGCAGCUAGAAUAGUCAUUUACCACAUUAGCAAUGUAUAGAGUGCAUUUCUGAUUAGUUUAAAGUGAUCUUCAUUGAAAAGAACAGUGCUUUUCUUUCAAAAAUAAGGACAUUUCAAAGUGACCCCAAACUUUUGAAUGGUAGUGUAUAUGUGGCGCUAUAUACAUUUUUUUUUUUUUUUUUUUUUUUUAAAUUUAUUUUUUGGUCCAAUGGGUUUCAUAUUUGACUGCCCAGUCCUGCCCACAAGAAAGUAGGUGGUUGUGGGGGUGGUCGUCGUUUCCCUGACUUUUGUUUGAUUCCAUGGGAUUUUGCCCCAAUACACACCUCUAGGUUUGUAAAUGUUAUUAGCGGAGCCCCAUACUUCAAAGAAUGCAUUGACCUGAUUUUUGAUGGCUUAACGUACGACAAACAUGUGCCACCACAGGGAAACCGAUCAUAAGUGCAAGGAAACAUAUCACAUAAACACUUUUUAAUACCAGACAACGAAAUUUGUGUUUACAUAAGAGAGAUGGGGUUUUUAUCCAGCACUUAUUUUUCAUUUGCUUUUUAAAAAUAACAUGGGAUUAUUUCCUAACACACUACAGAAAAUAUUUAAGUGUUUCAUCUAAAACUAGUUAAAAGUUUUAUUAGUCCACUAGCUUGUUGGACAGUUGACAGUUUCUGUCAUGUGAGGGCGGUAGACAGAUGUAAGUGCAGGAAGAGUUUUGCUGAAAGCACGCUAGCAAACGGAUCCAAAACGUAGAUAAAGGCAGUCAAAAAAUGGGCAGUGGUUGAGUGAGGCACAGACAGGAUAUCGGAGGUAAAUACAAUACUCAAAGUUCAAAAAUAAAUGGGGGUCAAAACCAGAAAAGCGACGCAAAAUACAAGGCUUGGUUACUUCAGACAGGGUACAGUGCGAAUACGUGAAGUCUGUGUUUACCGAGAGCCCUUAUAUGUAUCUGCUGUGAUUGUGCUCUGAUCAGGAACAGGUGCAUGCUAUUUUGUCUUAAUAGCGCAACACGCAUGGAUGUGAUUAAAUGUAACCAGACAACUGUUUGGCAUAAUUUUGAUAUUCAAUUGUAACUGUAUAGUCAUGAUGUAAAGUGAAAACGCUGGUUCACUGCUGUCCAUCAGGCACCCAGCAGAGUCACACCACAAAUGUUGGGGCAGUGUUUCUGGCACAUGGUAUGCACUGUUGAAGAAAGGAAUAAAUAUGUAUUCGUAACUGCGAUGCGUAUCUCAUUAUUGGUAUCGCUGUCAAGACGGUACAACAAUUUUUUUGAUGUGAAAUACACUAAAUGACACAAUUCAAUGCUAUAAUAUAAUAUUGUAUUCAGGUUGAUUUUGUGCCCUUGCAAAUAUUUUUGCUCAUACACUAAAUAUCUAGAUUAUAAACGCACUGUUUUAUUGAGACUUUAUUAGGCCUUUUGUUAGCCUUCACUUUGUAAGGGAAUGUAUAAGCUGGAGUGGUUGUGGCCUCAGGGAUGUAAUUCUAUAAUACUGAAGUCAUUUAUACUGCAAUGUGUCUAUUUAGCUUCAGUAACUGAUUUUAAACCACUAAAAACUCAUUCUGUAAUUGUGACUUGUGUAUGCUGAUGCAUGUUUGCACAUGCGCUGAAACCAGAAUAACAGCUAUUUUGUGUGUAUACUGUUGUAACUUCAAAUGGCCCUUGUUUCCACAUCAUUCUCAUGAGAAUAUCGAGUCUUGAAGUGUAAAAUGUAACUUGACCAAAUCCCCAUAUCUGUUGUCUACAUUUUUGCAACUAUGCAGUCUGGUUUAGAUUAAUUCUGUCAUGUAAUUACAUUUAAUACUUGUAAUCAUGGGCGGCACGGUGGUGUAGUGGUUAGCGCUGUCGCCUCACAGCAAGAAGGUCCGGGUUCGAGCCCCGUGGCCGGCGAGGGCCUUUCUGUGCGGAGUUUGCAUGUUCUCCCCGUGUCCGCGUGGGUUUCCUCCGGGUGCUCUGGUUUCCCCCACAGUCCAAAGACAUGCAGGUUAGGUUAACUGGUGACUCUAAAUUAACCGUAGGUGUGAAUGGUUGUCUGUGUCUGUGUGUCAGCCCUGUGAUGACCUGGCAACUUGUCCACGGUGUACCCUGCCUGUAGUCAGCUGGGAUAGGCUCCAGCUUGCCUGCGACCCUGUAGAACAGGAUAAAGCGGCUAGACAUGAUGAGAUGAGGCUUGUAAUCAUCAGUUGGCUUGUACAUACUGUAUAAAAUGCGUUUUAUUUUAUUACUUGUGUAUUUUAAGCAAUUUGAUCAUGCUCUAUUGUCACAGCAAUGAUCACAACAGCAGUGUCCUAAGUGCUGUUGCAGAAUUUUACUUGUAUUUCUUCUGUUUUGUAAAUAAAAUUGAUCUUCCAUUGCACAAA